CGCGGGGCGGGGCCGCGUGCGCGGGGUCGGGGGCGCGCGGACCCAAGCGGACUGGGGACUUGGCGGCUGUUGGUGGUAGCUGACGAAAAGUCCUGGCAGGACCGUGAGGGACCGCGGCGGAGUUCUUUUGCCAAGAAAAUGGUUUGCACAGUCUUGAAUGCACAUUGUCCAUUCUGAUGGGACAAGAUCCAAUAUGAAUAUAAGUGAUGGAGGAAGACGACGCUUUGAAGAUAAUGAACACACAUUGCGGAUAUAUCCUGGGACAAUUUCAGAAGGAACAAUUUACUGCCCAAUUCCUGCCAGAAAAAGCUCUACAGCUGCUGAGGUGAUUGAUUCUCUUAUAAACAGACUUCACCUAGACAAAACAAAAUGCUAUGUUUUAGCAGAGGUAAAGGAAUUUGGUGGAGAAGAAUGGAUACUCAAUCCAACAGAUUGUCCAGUUCAGCGAAUGAUGUUGUGGCCCCGGAUGGCCCUGGAAAAUCGCUUAAGUGGAGAGGACUAUCGCUUUCUUCUGAGAGAAAAAAACCUUGAUGGAUCAAUCCAUUAUGGUAGCCUUCAGUCAUGGCUACGGGUAACAGAAGAACGCCGCAGGAUGAUGGAACGUGGUUUCCUUCCCCAGCCUCAGCAGAAGGACUUUGAUGAUUUAUGUAGCUUACCUGAUUUGAAUGAGAAGACUCUCUUAGAAAAUCUACGGAAUCGCUUUAAGCAUGAAAAGAUUUACACUUAUGUUGGCAGUAUUCUAAUAGUUAUUAACCCAUUUAAAUUUCUUCCUAUUUAUAACCCUAAGUAUGUCAAAAUGUAUGAUAACCACCAGUUGGGAAAACUUGAACCCCACAUAUAUGCUGUGGCUGAUGUAGCAUAUCAUGCUAUGCUACAGCGCAAAAAGAACCAGUGUAUUGUGAUUUCAGGAGAGAGUGGUUCAGGGAAGACUCAAAGCACAAACUUUCUUAUUCACCACCUUACUGCCCUUAGUCAGAAAGGAUUUGCCAGUGGAGUAGAACAGAUUAUCCUUGGAGCUGGACCAGUAUUGGAGGCCUUUGGAAAUGCAAAGACAGCUCAUAAUAACAAUUCAAGUCGUUUUGGCAAGUUUAUUCAAGUAAAUUACCAAGAAACAGGAACUGUACUUGGGGCCUAUGUUGAAAAAUAUCUCUUAGAGAAAUCCAGACUUGUUUAUCAAGAGCAUAAUGAACGGAACUAUCAUGUAUUCUAUUACCUCCUGGCAGGAGCAAGUGAAGAAGAGAGGUUAGCAUUCCACCUUAAACAACCAGAGGAAUAUCAUUAUCUUAAUCAGAUAACAAAGAAACCCCUCAGACAGAGCUGGGAUGAUUAUUGCUAUGAUUCUGAGCCGGAUUGCUUCACCGUGGAGGGAGAAGAUUUGAGGCAUGAUUUUGAACGCUUACAACUGGCCAUGGAAAUGGUUGGAUUUCUUCCGAAGACACGAAGACAGAUUUUCUCUCUCCUGUCAGCAAUAUUACAUUUGGGUAACAUCUGCUAUAAAAAGAAGACGUACCGAGAUGACUCUAUUGAUAUCUGUAAUCCUGAAGUACUGCCUAUUGUUUCAGAAUUAUUAGAAGUUAAAGAAGAGAUGUUGUUUGAAGCAUUAGUUACAAGGAAGACAGUGACAGUGGGAGAAAAGCUUAUUUUACCAUAUAAGCUGGCAGAGGCUGUGACAGUGAGAAACUCUAUGGCUAAGUCUUUAUAUAGUGCUCUGUUUGACUGGAUAGUUUUUCGUAUUAAUCAUGCACUUCUGAAUAGCAAAGAUUUGGAAGAUGAUACCAAGACUUUUUCCAUUGGUGUUCUUGAUAUUUUUGGGUUUGAAGAUUAUGAAAACAAUAGCUUUGAACAGUUCUGUAUUAAUUUUGCUAAUGAACGUUUACAGCACUACUUUAAUCAGCAUAUUUUCAAGUUGGAGCAAGAGGAAUAUAGAACUGAAGGUAUCAGUUGGCACAACAUAGAUUAUAUUGAUAAUACUUGUUGCAUAAGUCUUAUUAGCAAAAAACCGACAGGACUUCUCCAUCUUUUGGAUGAAGAAAGCAAUUUUCCACAGGCUACAAAUCAAACACUGCUAGACAAGUUUAAACAUCAACAUGAAGAGAAUUCUUACAUUGAAUUUCCAGCUGUGAUGGAACCUGCUUUUAUCAUAAAGCAUUAUGCUGGAAAAGUAAAAUAUGGAGUAAAGGAUUUUCGAGAAAAAAAUACAGAUCAUAUGCGGCCAGACAUUGUAGCUCUUCUGAGAAGUAGCAAGAGUGCCUUUAUUUCUGGGAUGAUUGGAAUUGAUCCUGUGGCUGUUUUCCGAUGGGCAGUUAUCCGAGCUUUUUUCAGAGCAAUGGUUGGUUUCAGGGAAGCUGGGAAAAGACACAUUCAGAGAAAAAGUGGACAUGAUGAUACAACGCCAUGUACAAUUUUGAAAAGUAUGGAUAGUUUUAGCUUUCUCCAACACCCAGUCCACCAGAGGAGCUUAGAGAUUCUGCAGAGGUGCAAGGAAGAGAAGUACAAUAUAACCCGAAAAAAUCCAAGAACGCCUCUUUCUGAUCUCCAGGGAAUGAACACCUUAAAUGCAAAAAACCAAUACGAUACAUUUGAUAUUUCCUGGAAUGUCAAAACUGGCAUUUGCCAAAGCAGACUACCAAGUAGCUCUUCCUUGCUUGAUAAAGAAGGGAUAUUUGCUAAUUCAGCAAGCAGCAAGCUCCUGGAAAGAGCUCAUGGAAUUCUCACGCGAAAUAAAAACUUCAAAUCCAAGCCUGCCCUUCCAAAGCAUUUGUUGGAAGUAAAUUCUUUGAAGCAUCUGACAAGACUGACCCUGCAGGAUCGAAUCACCAAAUCCCUUCUUCAUUUGCACAAGAAGAAGAAACCACCCAGUAUCAGUGCCCAGUUUCAGGCUUCAUUAAGCAAACUGAUGGAGACACUUGGUCAAGCAGAACCAUAUUUUGUAAAAUGCAUUCGGUCUAAUGCUGAGAAGCUACCUUUAAGAUUCAAUGAUGCCUUGGUACUAAGACAGCUUCGGUACACUGGGAUGCUGGAAACAGUUCGAAUUCGCCAGUCAGGAUAUAGUUCCAAAUAUUCUUUCCAGGAUUUUGUGAGCCACUUCCAUGUACUUCUUCCUCGAAGCAUUAUUCCGUCUAAAUUUAACAUUCAAGAUUUCUUCAGGAGAAUAAAUAUUAAUCCUGAUAAUUAUCAAGUUGGAAAAACCAUGGUUUUCCUAAAGGAGCGUGAACGACAGCACUUGCAAGAGCUGCUUCACCAAGAGGUGCUUCGCAGAAUCAUAUUGUUGCAGCGGUGGUUUAGGGUCUUGCUCUGUAGGCAGCAUUUCCUCCAGCUCAGACAAGCAUCUGUUACUAUCCAGCGAUUCUGGAGGAAUUAUCUAAAUCAGAAGCAAGUCAGAGAUGAAGCUGUGGAGAAACAUGCUUUCAUUAUAGCUAGUGCAGCUUCCCUUCUCCAAGCUUCCUGGCGUGCUCAUUUAGAGAGACACCGAUACUUGGAGUUACGAGCUGCAGCUGUCAUCAUCCAGCAGCGAUGGAGGGAACUCUAUAGGCUUAGGCAUGUGGCUGCUACCUGUAUACAAGCAAGAUGGAAGGGCUACAUGCAAUGUAAGAGGUACAAAGAGCAAAGGAAUAAAAUUAUCCUUUUGCAAUCAGCAUGCAGAGGAUUCAGAGCAAGACAACGAUUUAAAGGUUUAAAAGAAAAAGAACUAAGAGAAGCAAAUGGUGGAUUGGUGGCUAUGAAGGCACAUGGUGCUCUGGAAAUUCAGGGUUCUGACCCUUCAGAGUGGGAGGAUCGUUCCUUUGACAACAGAGUGAAAGCCUUGGAGGAAUGUAAAUCUGUGAUAGAGAGUAAUCGAAUUUGCCAUGAGAGUUCAGUUGACUUCUCAAAGGAGUCUCUAGAUAAGCAACAGGAGACAGACAGAAGCCAAAGUGGUAUGGACUUACAGGAAGAUGUGAUUGUAAGACAGAGGCCCAAGUCCUUGGAGGAUCUUCAUCAGAAAAAAGUAGGCCGGGCCAAAAGAGAGAGUCGGAGAAUGAGAGAACUGGAACAAGCUAUAUUUAGCUUAGAAUUACUAAAAGUCCGUUCUCUGGGUGGUGUGUCUCCUUCAGAGGAACGUAGAUGGUCUACAGAAUUGAUACCUGAAGGCCUUCAGUCUCCACAGGAUACACCUGAUAGUGAAAGCUCUCAAGGAAGCUUAGAACUUCUCACCUGUGAGGAAAGUCAAAAGAGCAAACUGGAAUCUCUCAUUGUAGACAAGAGAGAAUUACAAGUUUCAUCACUUAAGGUAUCUACCACUCCAAAAUUCGAUUCACAGGACAAUGCCCUCUGUGCCUCAAGAGAGAAUAGCUAUGCAUUGCUUCAAAAAGGAACACCCUCUGACUCAGAACAUUUGAAGAAUGGGACUAUGAAGGAGAGUCUGGUCUGUUGUUCUGAACCUAUUACCUAUAAACCCCAACUGAGAGACUCUUUUAUUUCAAAUAAUUUGCCUACAUUUUUUUAUAUUCCCCACCAAGAUCCCCUGAAAACAAGUUCCCAACUAGACACAAGUAUCCAAAGAAACAAACUACCAGAAAGAGAAGACACUUUGAGGACAGCUCUGGAUAUCAACAGGGAAACUAGGAAAUACCACCUCUCAGGAGAUCAGGUGAUUCCUUUGAAUACAGAUUCUGCCAAUACUGUGCUUAAGAAGUUAGAAAAACUAAAUACUGAAAAGGAAGAAAGGCAAAAGCAGUUGCAGCAGCAGAAUGAAAAAGAGAUGAUGGAGCAAAUUCGCCAGCAGACAGAUAUUUUAGAGAAGGAACGUAAAGCCUUCAAGACAGUUGAACAGCCACAAACUGAACCAUCUCUCUUGGCUCCGUCUUUGUAUCAGUCAAGGGAAAGAGUAGAGAGGCCAUCCUCUCUCCAUAUCCAAAACACCCCAAGUAAGGGAGAACCUCGAGUGCUAGGAUCCUCAUCAGCAGUCACUAAAAGAAAUGCAUCUCUUGCUGCAAAAGACAGUCCCUCAACUCAUUUACCCAUGAAGGACCGGCCUGUCACCCUGUUCUUUGAAAAAAAAGGAAGCCCAUGCCAAUAUAGUACUAUCAAGGAAUUAUCAAAGACAGAAAGAAUAGGCACCCAGCAGAAUGUAGCCUGCAAACUCUCUAAUAAUAUUUCAGAAGGAGAACACCCUUGGUCAACGCACUCUUAUGGCCACAGAUCUAAUGACCCUUCCAGAGAAGGAAGUACAAAAGCCAUUUUCUUCACACCAAAGAACAAUAUGGAUAUUUCCCUUGUCAAUAGUGGAAAUCCUCAAGUCCUUAAACAAGAUGAACCAGCUUGGAAACCUAAGUUAGCAGGGCCGGAACAACGAGAGCAGGUUGCCAGACCGGCCCAUAAAAAGAAAGCUCGAAUGGCGCGGACGCGCUCCGAUUUCUUGACUAGAGGUACUUUUGCCGAUGGGGAGGGGGAUACAGAGGAAGAUGAUUACGAUGACAUUACUGAGCCCCUUCUCUCCCUUGACCAAGCUUCUCACUCUGAGCUAGGGCCUGCAUCCAGCCUGGGUCAGGCCUCUCACAGUGACUCCGAAAUGACAUCACAACGAUUUUCUUCAGUUGAUGAACAAGCAAGGCUUCAUAAGGCUAUGUCUCAAGGAGAGAUUACAAAGUUGUCAGUAAGACAGAAGCCUUCAGAUUCAGAUAUAAGCAGACCUCAGAGAGCUAAGAUGAGAUUCUGGGCCAAAGGGAAGCAAGGAGAGAAGAAGACUACUCGAGUAAAACCUGCCUCCCAGUUGGAGAUUUCAUCACUCUUUGCUGACUCAGAUGUGAUUCCUGCUCAUCCAUUUCCAGAUGAAUUAUCUCAGUAUCACCCAACACCACCUCUGAGCCCUGAAUUGCCUGGUAGUUGCCGAAAGGAGUUCAAAGAGAACAAAGAGCCUUCUCCAAAGACUAAGCGCAAGCGAGGCGUAAAGAUCAGCAAUGUGGCUUUGGAUUCCGUGCAUUGGCAAAAUGAUUCUGUCCAAAUCAUAGCAAGUACCAGUGAUUUAAAAAGUAUGGAUGAAUUUCUUCUGAAAAAGAUGAAUGAUCUAGAUAAUGAAGACAGCAAGAAGGAUACUCUAGUGGAUGUUGUAUUUAAAAAAGCCCUGAAAGAAUUUCGGCAGAAUAUCUUCAGCUUUUAUUCAUCUGCAUUGGCGAUGGAUGAUGGGAAAAGCAUACGAUAUAAAGACCUGUAUGCACUGUUUGAACAGAUUCUGGAAAAGACCAUGAGGCUUGAGCAACGCAAUUGGAGUGAAUCUCCAGUGAGAGUUUGGGUCAACACUUUUAAGGUGUUUUUAGAUGAAUACAUGAAUGAAUUUAAGACUCUGGAUAGCAUAGCCACAAAGGUGCCUAAAACAGAAAGAAAGAAAAGAAGGAAAAAAGAAACUGAUUUGGUGGAAGAGCACAAUGGCCAUAUCUUUAAGGCCACCCAAUACAGCAUCCCUACAUACUGUGAAUUCUGUUCUUCCUUGAUAUGGAUAAUGGACCGAGCUUCUGUAUGCAAAUUGUGCAAGUAUGCUUGCCAUAAGAAGUGCUGUCUGAAAACCACAGCCAAGUGCUCUAAAAAGUAUGAUCCAGAGCUGUCAUCUCGACAAUUUGGAGUUGAACUGUCCCGUUUGACUAGUGAAGACCGAACUGUUCCUUUAGUAGUGGAAAAGCUCAUAAACUACAUUGAAAUGCAUGGACUUUAUACAGAAGGUAUUUACCGAAAGUCUGGUUCAACUAAUAAAAUCAAGGAACUUCGACAAGGUUUAGAUACAGAUGCUGAAAGUGUAAACCUAGAUGAUUAUAACAUACAUGUCAUUGCAAGUGUAUUCAAACAAUGGCUUCGUGAUUUACCCAAUCCACUCAUGACCUUUGAACUCUAUGAGGAAUUUCUUCGAGCUAUGGGCCUUCAGGAGAGAAAGGAGACAGUGCGUGGUGUAUACUCUGUAAUUGAUCAGCUCUCCCGAACUCAUCUCAAUACGCUGGAACGCCUCAUCUUUCAUCUAGUUAGGAUUGCGCUACAGGAAGACACUAAUCGAAUGUCUGCUAAUGCUUUGGCCAUUGUGUUUGCACCUUGCAUUCUCCGCUGCCCUGACACCACUGACCCACUACAAAGUGUACAAGACAUCAGUAAGACUACCACCUGUGUGGAGCUGAUUGUUGUAGAACAGAUGAAUAAAUACAAGGCUCGCCUUAAAGACAUCAGUAGCCUGGAAUUUGCUGAAAAUAAGGCAAAGACCAGACUAUCACUGAUUCGUAGAUCAAUGGGAAAAGGGCAUAUACGUCGAGGAAACUAUCCAAGUCCGUCUUCUCCUGUUAUAGUUCGACUGCCUUCCGUGUCUGAUGUCCCAGAAGAGACCUUGUCUAAUGAGACAGUUAUGGAGACUGAUUUCACAGAACAGCAGCAAGCAGCAAUGCAGCAAGAGGAAAAAGUUCUGACUGAGCAGAUUGAAAACCUACAGAAAGAGAAGGAAGAGCUAACAUUUGAGAUGCUUGUAUUGGAACCUCGUGCCUCUGAUGAUGAAACCCUUGAGUCUGAGGCCUCCAUUGGGACUGCCGAUAGCUCAGAAAAUUUGAAUAUGGAUUCUGAAGGUACUAACUCUGAGAGAUCAGAGAGAAGCUUAGCUCUCAGCUCCCUGAAGACAACUGGCAAGUUUGAACCUUCAAGCAAGUUGCGAAAGCAGCUAAGAAAGCAGCCAGACUCUUUGGACUCAGUUAACUCCUCUGUCUCUUCAUGUUUAUCUAACACUGCAUCAUCUCAUGGCACCAGAAGGCGAUUUCAGAUUUAUUCCAAGUCUCCAUUCUACCGAGCUGCCUCAGCUGGUGAGACCCUGGCAAUGGAAGGACCACUAGGCCAGACCAAAUCCCUGGAAGACAGGCCUCAGUUCAUCAGCAGAGGAACCUUUAACCCUGAAAAGGGCAAACAAAAACUAAAAAAUGUGAAAAACUCACCUCAGAAAACCAAAGAGACCCCGGAGGGGACAGUCACAUCUGGCCUCAAGAAAACCGUAGACCCAGACUGCAGCUCCACACAGCAACUAGCACUCUUUGGAAAUAAUGAGUUUAUGGUCUGAACUGACUGAUGUGUCCAUACAUAGCUAGAGUGGUAGACACAUCUCAUAUUGGGGCCUCUUUUGGUCACCUUCUCCACAACAGUCAGUCCUAUUACGGCCCUGCCUCUUGUUUCAGCAGACGGUUUGUGUGCUGGAUCCCUGGGCCUCCUGCAGAAGUGGCCUCUUCGGAGCCUGCUGGAGACGGGCCGGCUGUGCCUUGACUGCUGCAUUUGAUUUGAGAUUUCACUAAACAAAGCCACCCAUGACCUGAGUAUUUUGGCUAGCAGUAGUUGCCUCUCCCCUACUUCCUUUCCCUUCCCAGAGAAGAUGUUGAUCUAGGAAGUUCUUAUCCUGAGGGACCCUCUGGUUUUGACAUUUGAAGAAAACAUAUAAGCCUUUCUUAAACCAUGAAAGCAAAAGCCUUUGGGUUUAUUUUGGGAUCGUUAUAUUCUACCCCAGCACUUAAUUUUUUUUUCCCAAGGAUUUAUAAGUAAAAGCCUAAGCCCUCUAUUUUAAAUUUAAUUUUUUUUGAAAAACACUCCAUGCUAUAUUCUAAGGAACAUAUAAAAACUAUCAGCCAUCAAAGCAAGUCUUGGCUGUCUGGUUAUACAAUGAAAGAGAAUGUGCUUUGUCUUUUGAUGAUGUUUGACAUAAUAAUCAAUGCUGGUUAAACUCCUGGUUAGUCCCUGCCAAAUACAUUGCAUGGGCUGAAGUUUCAGUAGCCAUACUCUGGAUAUUCCCUGAUCCUUGAUCAGAUUCCCCUAGUUUUUUUUUUUUUUUUAGUGUCAUGGACACAUUUAGGUAAUCCUGAAACAUAAAGACUUCAUCCUGAUCCAUCCAGGCUUUUCUUGUGUAGACUAAGAGUGAGCCCAUUUAUAUGCUGGUGGAGUCCCACCACAGACUUAGACAAAUAAUGUGACCAUUUAAUCAUUUUUCCCCAAAUAGUCACAUACAACAUUGCAUGAGAGUUACAGAAAGCUGCCAAAAUUUUUUUUUAAGUUUUAAUACGACCUAUUUAUCUUUUUUCUCAGACCAUCAGUAUUAAAUAGAUGAAAAAAAAUCAAGGACUACUUGAAGCUAUUUUUGUUAAUAUACUGGUUACUCAAGUUUACUGUAAAUAUGUAUGUAUAAUAUGCCUAGUUCUUUUUUAACCUUGUGCUUCCCUUCUUCCCAUGGAGUUUCUUCUUACAGAUUAGAGGCCAUUGGACUGGUGGUGAGAGUCACUCACCCCUGGGUUGAGGGAAAAGUAAGGCCAUCUUUCUCAUCACUGGUGGUCUCAAUAUAUAUAUCUGUUAGAACAUUUGAAGCAUCUUAGAAUAGCAGUUAUGGGAUUAGAAAUCUGUUUUUGCUAUUUAUAGUGUAUGUAAAAUGAAACAUGAUGCCCUUAUGUGAAAAUGUUUAUUUUUAAAGUUACUAAAUACAUUGUGUCUAACUACCACAUGCACUGUUACAAAAAAGAGCCUUUACCACCUGCAAGCUGAAUUUUAGUUUUCUUCCUUUUCUUCUUUAGGCUAUGGAAAUUGUAGGUCUUUUGUUAAGGCAGAAUCUCUCCUGUUACACAACACUGAACCUCAUGCCACUGCCUCAGUGGUCAUUGGCUGGCUCUAGAGAACAGACAUGUAGCAUCGUGCUGUGUAGCAGCUCACAGUAGGCGGGAGUCUUCCCUCUCCCUGGUUUGAGUUUAGCAUUGAGACAGGUGAAGGAAGCUUUGGAAAUCUCCUGAAUGACGACGGGUAGUCAGCAAAUGUUAUGUUUUAUACCCCACAAGCAUCUACCACCUUGUUCAUAUUUCAUGAGGUAGCAAUGAAUAUAUGCCUUUGAAAACAAGAGUUUCAGGAACUUUCCUAAAGGAACAUAGUAUGACUGUGCCGAGGUGGGGUGCUGCUUCAGGGCUCAUGCUGGCUGCACAGGCUGUUUUAGUAUUCUAGGGAGAGUAGUGCACUGCUGGGUCUUAACUGUUGCUCUCCACUUGGUCCAAAAUGUUACUUAAAUAAUCAUUAAAAAAAAAAAAAAGCAAUUACCCUGUUGGAAUAAUUCCCUUUGUUUCAGAGGAAAUGCACUUGACCCAUGUUCUCCCACCUCAAUCUUUGGAGUUUGUGUAGUUUUUGUUUUUCUGUAAGAUAAAUUUUGGGCCAAUUAAAACCUACUUCUUAGGUCACUUUGUUGGAACUAGGUAUUGGAUGUUAAAAGACUUUAUAAUUUUUCUCAGGGAUCUAAAACCUGAAUUUGGAUAAAAUUAAAUAAAUUAAAACACACACACACACACACAUGCACACAUUUGUCUUUUCAGUUGCUAGAUUUGUGAAUUUCUAAUCAUUUAACAAGCUGUCAGGAUGGUGGGGGUGGGAAGUACAAUUCUAACAAUGUUUCAGCAAGUGUAGUGCCCCCCCCCUUGGGAAAAAAUGCUAUUGUUCUUGUGGGUUAGCAGGCACUGUCCAUCUGUUAAGAGAUUAAGCCAUAACUCAGUACCCUCAGACCCAAAUGCUCUGCUUCCAUCAGCUCUUAACAGGGCAUCACCACACAGUGAUGCUGCAUUGCAGCUGCUCAAGAUUACCAUACACAUCAGGUUCCUGGUUCUGUUGCUUCUGCUUUGCUGCUUUUUUUAAUAUCAAGUGCUUCAAAGGAAUGUCUGCUUGGUAGCAGCAGAGCAAUUCAGAUGUGGAGCCCAGAGCAUUCUAGUCACAGCAUAUGGUCCAGCUUCCACAAAGCCUGCAUUUCCUCUUCUGUCCAUUAACACGUCCCUGUACUUGAGUAUGUAUCAUGGAAAAUGUAGCGAAAGCAAAGAGGUGUAAUUUCAUUUUACAUACAGAUUGAAAUAAAUUACAGACACAGGCAGGAGGAUUCAGGGAGGUGACAUGCUUAGUUUGCAUGUGCUUUGCAGUUCCUGCCAUUUAGAUUAUGUGGGCUUCUGAAACAAAGGGAGACAUGACCUGCUAGCAGGGAGAGAAGACAAAAAGAUGUGAGUUCAGGGCAUGGGUUCACUAGAGCCCCACUUCCGUAUAUUGGAAACAUGCUGUAGUUCUUACCCUGCUGGCAGGUAUUGAAAAUAGUGUCAUAGAAUUGUGCUGAAAUCAAGCAGUCCAGCAAGGUUCUGUAGUUCCACCUCAGUGCCUCUGGGCUGUAUAUUUUUAACUAAUAAGCUAGAGAGAAGAAAGGAUUCUCAGGAUGUGUUUGAAACUAAGAGAGUUGUAAUUGUAAAAAGAAAUAGUCCAGGUGGCUUUCUUACCCACUUUUUUUCUUAGUGGGGAGAUAGAUAUGGGGCUUGCAUCCUUCUGUGUUGAACAGUGUGUUAUAUCCACCCAUACAUUUGUGAUAACUUCCCAGCACUGUGCCCCAACACCAUGCUGGCCUUAGUAGUAAAAUUCUUAGCUAUUUGUAGAAGUCUCAACUUUCUAUGCCCCUAGAAUACAUGUGACCACGUUUCUCUGGAACCAUUCCCACACUUGGUUUUGUGUUAGAAAGGUAAUUCCCAAUCUGUCUAGUAGUCUCUUGGUUUAAACUUAAAAAAAAAAAGUCCCACCAAUGCACCUGCCACCUUGUUAACCCAUCCAUUCAUCAUGCCUAUUUAUUAACCCCCUUAGGUCAUACGAAAUUGCACCUCUCGAACCAAGUACUUGCAUUUACUAUGGGAAAGGUGUGGAGUACAGAUUAGUAUUAUAUUAUUUUAAUGGAUUUAAAGUAAUUUAUAACUAUACUGAGUGUAAAUUUUUAAGAUACUAUGUAUUAUAAAAGGGCAUAUCCUGUGAAAUAUACAAUUUUACUGUUUAAUAUAAUCUAUAAGAAGAAUGACUUAUUCAUGGAACUGAUUACAUUCCUGAUGCAAUCAGCAGGCACUUUGUAAUUUCAUUUAGGGGGGCAAGUAUGAAGUGCAGUUUGCAUUACUCAGAAUAUGCACUGUAUGGCUACGUAAAAGGAGCUUGCUGAACAAAUCACUCCAUUGACUCAUUAAAGAACAAAGCUUCCAGAA